UCGUCCGAACGAGCACUGCCAACUGCAGCAGUCAGCUCGCGCGAUCACAGCUAUGCAAUAGGCAGCUUCAUUGAAACUGCCAACUGUGACUGCAUCUUACACUCGGACCGACUGCACCAUCUCGGGGCAGGGGCGCGCGUUUAACCAAUUGGCCCACGCAUUUCUCGCUCGGUGAAUCGAGUGCUGCGAUAUAUCCCGCGAGUCUGCAGAGCUGCUGCUGCUGACCAACGCAGCUCGCGAUGCAAUAGCUCGUCCGUCGCGCUCCGCGAGUGUGUUAUGUGCGCGCGUGUGUGCCUCUAAACAGCUCUCGAAUCGGGAGAUCGUGUGUACGAGAUACUGCUUCGGCUGCAUAUGUAGCCCAGUCAGUGGAUAUCCAAAGUGCCACCUUCUGGAUCGUGCACCUAGUGUAGUACUGGCUGUGUCGCGCGUAGCAGCGAAGCCUAAUAGCAGCAGCAGCAGCGACUCGAAACAAAACAUCGACUCGUCGCGCGGCGGGACACUUUGACUCGACUACUGCAGCCAGCUAAGCCUAAUUUUUACAAGGACGAGGCUUCGUCGCCCCGAGUUUAUUAUAUAGACCGCUCGCAUAAUAUACUCUCGCGAGGAGCGACUCGACAGAAAAUGUUCUGUGCAAAGCUACAGGAUUAGGUUAAAAUAAGCUAUGUUAUAGGGACUUAGUUGCAUAUAUCAACAAAAUUACGUUCAAUGAGUCUGUGACAAACAAAAACUCAAAAUGUUUGAGUCGCCAAGAAGUUUACAGGAUGUCUGUAUAGACUAUAUCUGUGAUAAUGUAAUGGGACUAUGUGAAUUUCAAGCUUUGGAGGGUAAUGCACCAAUAAACUAUUCCACUCUUCCAUGCCCAGAUGAUGAAGUCAGUUGCAAUGCAGGUGAAGGUACCUCCGAUCUGUCGCAAGGUGCUUUACCAACUAAUGCACCUACCAAUCAAGCAUUGUCAUCUACCAGACUUAGUUUUAAGCACCCUGAUACCUUUUUACCAACAGCAAUAUCUGAACAGCUUCUCUAUAACUUGUGUGAACGAAAAAAAUUAUCUGAUUUUACCAUAACUUUGUUUGAUUCUAAAACUACCAGGUUAAAACAUGUCAAAUUAAAAGAUGCUUCAAAUCUCACUGCUAAGGGGCUCAAAGUUCUCAAGCAACAUAAAGUAAUAGAUUUAGAAGUGAAUGAGUUGAAAAUAACUGUUAAUGAUUUAAUCGCUUGUUUGGGAGAUUGGACUCUACAAAAUCUGAGAUCACUCAGUGUUGCAAGAGGUAGUUUUAUGGAUUGUUCAAGAUAUUGUGUUGUUGUGGCUUUAAGUAAAUUGCGGGCUCUAAGAAUACUCAAUGUAUCGGGCACGGAAUUCAACAGGCAUGGUCUUGAAAUCGUUGUUGAAGAUUUGCCACUUUUGGAAAGCCUCGAUAUAUCCUGUACUAGGGUUGAUGAUAUUACACCUCUAAAAAAAUGCAAGCACAGACUCAGGGCAUUGAUUAUGUAUAAUUUGAAAAUCAGUGGCUGCGGAAAUAUGAUAUCUGUUUUGUUGGAAUUAAAUGAGCUUAGAACGUUAGAUAUAUCGGAUGAAAGAGAUACGUACCGAUUCGAAGUAUUUGCGCCCGUCCGAUCGAAAAUCACAGAACUUUUAAAAGCAACCGAGUGUAUGCCGCAUUUAAGAAGUUUGGACAUAUCAGGUAAAGAUGAUAUCGAUGGUAAAGAUUUGUGGGAAUUCAUUCUUGCACAUAAAGAUUUGAGAUUCCUUGGGCUUGUACAUUCAGAUGCUUGCUACGAAGAUAGCUUGAUGAAUCCAACAAACCGAAAUCAUAAACAAGAUCUUGUGGUCAGCGGUACGGCAACAGAGGGUCAAAUUUUAGAAGCACUGCGAAGGUAUCCGAAUAGGCCUAUUUACGUGCAAAAAUGUCUCUACAAUCUUUUCCGUCUGACUUCGUACUUCAGCGAAGCUAGAGUCGACGUAAUUAAAUUAGUUUUACCCGGCAUGCGUGCUCAUCCCCAAGAGUUUCGAGUACAGAUGGCGGCCACCGCGUGCCUCUACAAUUUAACCAAGGGCGAGCUCGCCACUAAAAUACAUCCAUCGGUUCUUAAGCAAAUAGUCGAUCUUACCCUCACAGCUAUGGAGUCUUAUCCGAAUCAUUACCAACUACAGAAAAAUACUCUUCUCACAUUGUGCAGUGAUCGUAUUUUGCAAGAUGUAGCUUUCGACAAAUACAGGUGCGCUAAACUCGUAAUGAAUUGCCUGUCAGCUUUCGAUGAUGCUUCGAUGAAUCGUAUGUCAGUGGCGAUAUGCUCAAUACUCGCUGCUAAAAUAUCGACUUUCGAGACAUCCAUGCUUGGUGCUCAACCACAUUACAUGGCUAAACUGCUUUCGAUGGUCAAAACUAAAGUGCAAUCGAAAUCAGUCGAUAUUACCAUGAAAUUCACUUUAAGUGCGCUUUGGAAUUUAACAGAUGAAAGUGCGACCACCUGUAUGGUUUUCCUCGAGGAAGGUGGAAUGAAUUUGUUUCUUGAAGUACUCGACAGCUUUCAGGGAGAAUCGAGUGUCGAAACAAAAGUGCUCGGUUUGCUUAAUAAUAUAGCUGAAGUGAGCCACUUGAGGCAUCGACUCAUGAUUCCGCGUUUCAUUGAAAUGCUGUCUCUGCUGUUGGACUCCAAGCACAUCGAUGUUUCAUAUUUCGCUGCAGGAAUCGCUGCACACUUGCUGAGUGACGGUUUCAGAUUGUGGACGACUGCACCGCUUUUGCAAGAUCGCGGUUGGGCGAUGCUCGAUCAGUUGUCGCAUGCUGUCACCAGCUGGCAAACACCUCAAGGCGAAAUGGUGGCCUACCGUAGCUUCCAGCCGUUCUUUCCUCUUUUGCGCUGCAACGAUGCCUAUCCUGUACAGCUUUGGGCCGUCUGGGCCAUUCAUCAUGUUUGCACGAAAAAUCCCAAACGAUAUUGUGAGAUGCUAGUAAAAGAAGGUGGCGUACAGAUACUGGAGUCAUUGUUACAACAGCCGAAUGAGGAUACAAAAACUCAGCCAAACGUCUCGACAUUGUGCCGGGCGAUUUUGGAUACGCUAUCGCAACAACCCUGCUAACGAGCACUGAGCCGCGACAAUUGCUUGACGACUCGUUGUUAAAAACAAACAUCUAGAGACGGCAUUGUCGUUCAUCAAAGUUUUGAUUCGCGUGCGCGAUCUUUGUUCACAAAAUUCUUUUAUCUCUUUCUCUCUCCUCCUCCUCUCCUACCCUUCUCCCUCUUAUUCCGUCCCUCCUCCUUCCUUUGCGACUCAAUCGUCACUUCUCAUAACGCUCUUGUCCUUUAAUGCGCUUGAAUGAAGAUACGGGCAGCGAUAUAUGAUGAUUUAAACCGAUAAAGAUUAAUUCAUUAUGAUAUAUGAUAUUAUAAACAAACGAGCAAACGUAGACAAUUUGUUUUCGAAAAAAAUAUUGGGCGCUGUUGAUCGAUUGUAAAAAAAUUUAUGUACUGACUUGAGAAGUUAGUAUGCUAGUCAAUUUAUUCUCUUACGAAAAAAAGAAAACAAGUGGGAUUGCAGGAAGUUGAAGAAAUUAAACAUGAUCUAUAUUAUAUACCUAUUAUAAAUUUUUUUCUUCCUGAAAUGCCCUGAAUUUUUACUGUUAUUGGUUCAAUACGAUCGAAAAGGAAAAAUCACGCGAUCAAGCUAUGUCUAUCGUAUUUUUUAUUUUCAAUUUUUCAAAUCCCAACUUGUGUUGUCGGAAAACGUGAACGAUUUUUAAUUUUCUACUCGAUAUGUAUUUCAAUUUCUAAUUGUUUUUUGAACAAUUUGACAAUUUUUUAGAUGUGUUCUGAAUGGAAAAAAGUGAAAAGUUUUUCAGUUCCGUGAGACGUGAAUGAAACACAUACCCUUUGGAACUUGCUUUUAAUUUUCUUUGAUUAAUAGUUUGUGAUUUUUGACAACUAUUUUAACGGCUAAAAGUUAACUAUACGACCUUUGAUUUUCCGCCUGAUUUUGCUAAGGUCAAUAUAAGCUAGGGCUGUGCAAUCGAUUGUUUUAUCUUCUCAUUGCGUUUCAUGUAUGGUCAAUCACAUGUCGAUUAAAAAACGAAUCGUUUUCUUUCUUGUUUUAUUUCUCUUUAAUAAAGCUCAAUAACAAGCUUUACCGACUACGUAUACGG